AUGCUGAGGGAUUCCGAUAUAGAGUCCCUGAACAAUCAUCUGGGAUCCUUGUCUCGGGAAACCGAAAAACACCAUGAACAACUCCAGAAUGUCCUCGAGCAGUUCCGGAACCUUCUGAAAGACUACAGCUCCCUCAAAAGUGACUACGAGGAAGUCAAAGAAGGCCGCGAGAAAUACAAAAGACAGGCUCGUGGUCAGGAACGCAACCCAUUUGUGCUAGUACUUGUGGAUGGUGAUGGGUAUCUAUUCAAGGACCACUUUAUCAAAUCCGGGAGUGAGGGGGGGGUCAACGCCGCUCGACAAUUGAGCGAUUCCAUCAGAGAACUGAUGCAUUCCACAAUGGGAAUGCAGGCUGAUCAGUGCCGGAUCAUGGUUCGUGUCUAUGCCAAUAUGCUGGGCCUCUCCAAGGUCCUUGCCCGGGCUGGGUUGGUCGGCCAUGAGGCGCGGUCAUUGGCGCCGUUCACAUCUGCCUUCAAUCGGGCCCAGGAUCUAUUUGACUUCGUCGAUGCAGCGGAGAAAAAAGAAGGCAGUGAUUUCAAAAUCCGAGAAAUGUUUCGGCUUUUCAUCGACCUAAAUCAAUGUCGGCAUAUUUACUUCGCUGGCUGCCAUGACACUGGCUUCGGGUCUAUGCUCACCCCGUAUCGGGGUCGUAGCGACCGAAUUACACUAAUCAAAGCUGCUUCGUUUCACCAUGAAUUCGAAGCACUCAACCUACCCAUAAAAGAGUUGCCUUCGGUAUUCAUGUCUAAUCCUCUGUUACCUAUCACCAAGUCAACCACAACUUCAAUUAACAGCAAGGUGGCGAGUACUCUGACGAAUGCUGCGAAGCCGGUGUGCAAACAUUUUCAAAAGGGAAUAUGCAAGUAUGGCAAUGUUUGCAAUAAGCAACACAUAAUGCCUCAACAGCUUUCGAUUAAUUCGGCAGAAGAAUCACCUAAACAGUUGUGGUAUACCUCAACUAUUUUAGGCCGCUCACAAGAGUUUCUCGCCUCUCAGCUCCCACCUCAGACCCUAAAGUCGGAGGAUUUCAUCCCCGUUAAUAAAAAUGCGGAACGUCUCGACACUUAUUGCCCUCACCCGUCUCCCGGUGCUUUCGAUGAGUAUUAUCGCCGUUCAAAAGACCACAAAGUCUGUAACCGUUAUCAUCUGUCAGGGGAGUGUGGCGACAUGAGUUGCAAAUACGAUCAUAGCGAUGUUUCAGAUACCAUCGUUGAUGUUCUGAGAUACAUUCUCCUCCAGCAUCCCUGUCCGAAAGCAGGUGCAUGCCGAUCUAUCAAGUGUUACCUGGGCCAUGUAUGCCAGAAACCUAAUUGCAAGGCCGUGAAAAGCUGGCAAUGCCGCUUUAACCACCACUCGCAUACGAUGGACCUUCAAGUUUCUCAAUGGGUUGUCCCCGCGGAGUUGCCUGAUGGAGAGCGCUCUUCCAUCAGUGGUGACUCCUUCGGAGACACUUCCCCGAGUACUACAUACAUGUAA